AUGGUUGGGAGGGGUUCCUUUGGCCAGGUGUUUCAAGUGCGCAAAAAGGACACAAGUGCGAUAUAUGCUUUGAAAGUUCUAGAGAAAAGCUUUGUGCGCAAGCGGGACCAAGUGCAGAAUACCAAAGCAGAACGAAAAGUAUUGGAAAUCGUCAAUCAUCCAUUCAUCGUUACCUUGUACUAUGCAUUCCAAACAGGAAGUUCACUUUGUCUAGUGAUGGAUUUCAUCAAUGGUGGAGAACUGUUCAUCCACCUCAAGAAACAGAAAUUUUUUUCUGAACGGGAUGCAAGAAUCUGGGCCGCAGAGAUCCUUCUUGCUUUGGAGUACCUUCACUCAAUGGGAAUCAUAUAUCGGGACAUAAAACCUGAAAACGUCUUGCUUGACAGGGGUGGGCAUAUUAAAUUGACAGACUUUGGUUUGGCGAGGGAUGUAACGGAUGCCGCGACAGCAAAGACUGUUGCAGGCAGUCCGUACUAUAUGGCACCAGAAGUAUUACUGAUGCAAGGACACGACGUGCAAGCGGACUGGUGGAGCUUGGGUAUUUUGAUAUAUGAAAUGCUCGUUGGACUGCCUCCCUUCUAUUCUUCGAAUGCCAAAGCUGCCUACCAGAGAUUAUUGACGGAACCAAUUCCAUUUCCUGAUCACGUGUCAGAGUCAGCCCGAAUCCUCAUUCGUGGGCUUUUGAAGACCAACCCAGCGCACAGAUUGGGGGCUGGGGAUGCCAUGCCCAUCAAGACUCAAGCGUGGUUUCAAGGCAUUCGUUGGGAGCAUGUCCUCAUGCGCCAGCUCCGUCCAAGCAUAGUGCCGGAGCUUAAAGAUGACUUGGACAUAUCGAACUUUGAUCAAACCUUCACCUCAGAUCUUUCGUGGAAGGUAAUUUAG